AAUGAGACCAUGAUCCCACAAAAUUGGGACAAAUACAAAUAGAAUUGAAAAUAUAAGAAUUCUUAGGUCAAGAACCAAUUAGAGGAAACAAGUACGCCCACGAAAAAAUUAUAUAAUCAAAGAACUCCAAGCCACUCUCCUACAAAACAAAAAUGAAAAUUGGAAAUGAAAGACUCCAUUUUCAUGAACCAUCAUGAAAAUUUUGGUUUAUACCAAAACCCCAAUAUUAAGUUGGAAUGCAUUAACACCAGAAGAUUUUACUAAACUUGAUGGCAGGACAAUUGGGAGGUUUUUGGGCAAAUUCAUAAAGGAUGAAGCUCCAUCAACGCCAUCACUAACUAACAGCCAAUAGAAAAAUUACAAAUAAUAUGUAGAAAUCUGAAUUCAUACACAAAACAUAUGUAUUCAUAGAAAGAAAGUGAAAAAAUUUACAGAAACCCCACAUCCAAAGAAGCUAACUUCGAGAAACAUAUUAGAAGUUGAACAGGGGCCACUAACCACGGGUUUAAGAAGAUAGUCACCACCGUCCUCAUUCCGCCGCAACACUAUGACCAUUGGAGUAUGUUGAUGGAGAAUUUUCUCCGAUCCAAAGAGUAUUGGACUAUUGUUGAAGCUGGAGUUCCAAAACCAACAGCAGGUGCAAAUGAUGCACAGAGGGCAGAAAUUGAGAAGGAAAAAUUGAAGGAUCUCAAGGCUAAGGACUAUUUGUUCCAAGCCAUAGAUCGGGCUAUCUUGGAAACAAUUCUUAACAAGUCUACUUCCAAGAAUAUUUGGGAUUCCAUGAAGAAGAAGUACCAGGGGAAUGAAAGAGCAAAGCGGCAACAAUGCCAGGCUUUGCGGGCAGAAUUCGAAGUUCUGCAGAUGCAGAUUGGUGAAUCUGUAGAUGAUUAUUUUGCAAGGACGAUGGCUAUUGCAAACAAGAUGAGGAUCCAUGGUGAAAAUCUGGAGGAUGUUGCUAUAGUUGAGAAAAUCCUUCGGUCUAUGACAACAAAAUUCAAUUAUGUUGUUUGUUCAAUUGAGGAGUCAAAUGAUAUUGAGACACUUUCUCUUGAUGAGUUGCAGAACUCAUUGUUAAUUCAUGAGCGGAAGAUAAAUCACCAAGACAAGCAAGAGCAAGCAGUGCAGAUUUUGCAGACACAAGCCUUGCAGACAACAAUUAAUUCAAGGGCUGAUGGUCGAGGAAAAGAAAACUGGAAAGGCAGACCAAGAUCUAGCAAACCGAGAUCUGACAAAUUGGAGGAAAGUUCAGCCACUGGAAUUCAGAAGAGGUGGCAGAACAGAAAUUAUCAAGCUGCAGAUAACAGAUCCAAAUCUGUAGGAAAGGCAAAUAUUGAAUGCUUCAGAUAUCAUAGGUAUAGCCAUUAUUGUUCUGAGUGCCGUGCUAAUCUGAAUAGAGGAGAAAGCUCUAAUUUUGUAGAACACAAUGAGAAAAAUGACGAUUCCUCUCUAUUCAUGGUCUGUCAUCCUAAAGAAGUCAGCAAGAAGAAUGUGUGGUAUCUGGAUACUGUCAAGGGAAAGGGAAAGGUAACCAUUCGUUCCAAAGACAAUUCAAUUCAGACUAUUUUUAAUGUUCUGUAUGUACCAGAUUUGAAGUCGAAUCUGCUUAGUCUAGGACAGCUUCAGGAAAAAGGAUAUGAAAUCCUUAUUAAAGAUGGAGUUUGCCAAAUUCGUGAUUCAAAACUUGGUCUGAUUGCAAAGGUCAAGAUGAUGGGAAAUAGGUUGUUUCCAUUAUACUUGCAGACCACAAAUCUGUCAUGUGUAUCUGCCAUAUUAAAGGACAUAGCUUGGUUAUGGCAUUGCCGAUUUGGACAUCUUUAUUUUGGUGGGUUGAAAGCUUUGCAGCAAAAGAAAAUGGUAAAUGAUCUUCCACAUUUUGAUUCUCCUUCAGAAAUUUGUGAAAUCUGCAUGGUCAGUAAACAGCACCGUGACAGCUUUCUUAAAGACAAAUCUUGGAGAGCAAAGCAGGUGCUAGAUCUGGUUCAUUCUGAUCUGUGUGGACUCAUAAAUCCAACAUCCAAUGGAGGUAAACAAUACUUUAUUACCUUUGUUGAUGAUUAUAGUCGCAAGACAUGGGUGUAUUUUUUGCAGACCAAGUCAGAAGCCUUAGCAGCCUUUAAAAAUUUCAAAGUCUUGGCUGAGAAUGAGGUUGGUAGAUCUGUAAAGGUUCUACGUACAGAUCAUGGUGGUGAGUUUAAUUCAAAGGAAUUUGUAGAUUUUUGUGAGUCCAAUGGCAUUAAAAGGCAACUCACAGCAGCCCUUACACCUCAACAGAAUGGUGUAUGUGAGAGGAGGAAUUGCACAAACAUGAAUAUGGUGCGAAGUCUGAUGUCAAAGAGCAGCUUGCCUAAGGAGUUCUGGCCAGAAGCUGUUAAUUGGAGUGUUCAUAUCUUGAACAGAAGUCCCACAUCUCCACUUCCAGAUUUGACACCAGAAGAGGCUUGGAGUGGACGUAGACCUGCUAUUGAUUACUUAAGAAUUUUUGGGUGCAUGGCAUAUGCACAUGUGCCAGAUCAGAAAAGGAAAAAAUCUAGGCAACAGAUUCCUACAAAUUUCGAAAAUGAAGAAGAUCUGACUGUGCAGAACUCAGAAGGUCUAACACAGCAGACUGGAGGUUUAACUUCAGCAAAUCUCGAGGUUUCAAGACAGAAAGCUGAAGAAAGUCUACCUAUAGAAGUAGAGCUCAAUAUUGGAGGAAGUGAUCUACCUCAAGAUGAUGUUCCAGUUAAUCAUUUUGCUCUAUUUGUACAUUGUGAUCCAUUGACAUAUGAAGAAGCUGUUAAAGAAAAAAAGUGGCAAAAAGCCAUGGCAGAAGAAAUUGGUUCUAUUGAAAGGAACCAGACUUGGGAGUUGACAGAUCUUCCAAAAGGGCACAAAACAAUUGGUGUUAAGUGGAUCUACAAGACAAAGCUCAAAGAGAAUGGGGCGGUUGACAAAUACAAAGCUCACUUGGUGGCAAAAGCACAAAACUCAUGGCCGAUCUACCAGCUUGAUGUGAAAUCUGCCUUCUUGCAUGGAAAUCUGCAAGAACAGGUAUUUAUUGAUCAACCUCCUAGUUAUGUGAAAUCUGGUUCUGAGCAUAAGGUUUACAGAUUGAAGAAAGCAUUAUAUGGACUAAAACAAGCACCUAGAGCUUGGUAUAGUCGAAUAGAUGCUUAUUUUUUGAAGGAAGGUUUUCAAAAGUGCCCUUAUGAGCAUACACUUUACACCAAAUUUGGAGAUGGAGAUUUUGGACUAUUCUACAAUAAGGGUGACCAGACAGAUCUCGCAGGCUUUACAAACAGUGAUUAUGCAAGGGAUUUGGAUGACAGAAAAAGCACUUAUGGGUUUGUUUUUAUGUUGGGAUUUGGUGCAAUUUCAUGGUCUUCAAAGAAGCAGCCCAUUGUAACUUUGUCCAUAACAAAAGCAGAGUAUGUGGCAGCAACUUCUUGUGAUUGUCAAGCUAUUUGGUUGAGAAGAAUUAUGGAAGAACUUGAGCUGAAUCAACAUGAGGCCACUUCAAUUUAUUGUGGUAACAGUUUAGCCAUCAAGCUUUCUAGAAAUCCAAUUUUGUAUGGGAGAAGCAAGCAAAUACAUGUGAGAUAUCAUUUCUUGCGCAACUUGGUAGAAGAUGGAACAAUUAAGUUGAUUUAUUGUAGAAUAGAAGAUCAAGUAGCUGAUAUAUUCAUAAAACCCCUCAAAGUAACAGCCUUUUCAAAACUGAGAGAGUUACUUGGUGUUUACAGCAUGUAGAAUUUAGUUUGAGGGAGGGUCUGCAGGUUCCAGAUUAUAGAUCUGCAGAUAUUGUGUUAUCCAGAUUUCUUUAUAAACUAAAGUCUGAAAA